AUGACCCUUGUCUUGUCCAUGAAUCCUUUCACGGAACCAGAGGGAGAACCUCCCCUCACAACAUAUCCACCUUUAUGGAAAACAGAGCGCUGCAGUAAGACAUGCCUGUCAAAUACCACCCCACCCGGCCACACUGAAUACCGGAUGAAACAAGCUCCUUUUCGACAGCUUCCUGACAAUGUGUCAAUAUCAAGAAUUGCAUACUUCAAGAGGAAGUUUAUUGAUGAUGAUGAAGCGUCAUUAGGUUUCAGGACAUACUGCCAGAAUGUGGCACCCGUUUUGGAGGAGCGGGCCUACGUGCUGCGUCUCUCUCUGGAGAAGAUGAGGUUCAUUGACGACCCCGAGGCUUUCUUACGACGCUCCGUCCUUGUUAACAACCUCCUCCGACGUCUAAGAACUGACAUCUUGCUCCAGAGUACUGAAUGGUGCUUUUCUCCCAACCCAGUUUUUACCAGCACCUUACCUCCGACCUCAAACAACACGCAGCAGGCCCACAACAGGUCCACCUCCACACCGACGUGCUUCACGCACCCGGCAGGCCCACCCUUUCGUAAGCGGUUCAGAAUGGUCCGUUCAGGACAUGGAGGCCUCCGCAACGACUGCGCCCAGACAUGUUGCUGCAUCUACGCCGCGGCAGCAGCCGCAGGGCACUACCUUCACCUCCCAUUCUCAGUCUACGAUGCAGACCUGUCCACGCCUCACUUGUCUUCCAUCUAUCAAAUAGCUAGCCAUCGUAAAUUAGAACUGACCAUGAUAGAAGGGCACAAUGAUGAGGAUGUGGAGGAGGAAGAGGAGGAAGAAAUUGAUGACGAAGAGGAGGAAGCGGUACCUUCUACUGAUUGGGAUAGAAAUACAUCCGGGCAGAAAAAUAAGAUGAGGACCACGCAGGGUCACGCUCACACAAGGACAGAGGAAGAGAGGUGCGUGACUACUGGUGUGCAAGAGCAGGACGAGGACAGCGAGCAAGAAGACGAAGCUAACAGCAUCCGACCUCGCAAACGGGACUCUGUUGUUGACACAGAUCUUCAAAAGUUUCACUGUUGGCACCGUAGAGGUCACAGACAAGGACAAUUUGCUUCCUCUACAGGUGUUGUAGAGUAG